CUUGCCUCACACUUAAGAGCUUUGCAAGCUAGAAGACAUGGAAUGGGAUGCUGCGUCGUCAGUCAACACCGUUGGCAGCUAUGUCCAUACCAUGUUUGGGCAUGCAAAGGCAAGAGAGAUUGCAAGCGAAGAUGGCUUGGUGAUGCGCACAAACAAGUAUGGCAAGAGACUUCUCACCAUGCAGUCCCGCGUCACCAACAAGAUGACAAAUGACCACCGGAACGCGUUGCAGUAUGGUUGGAUCAAAUACCGCGUCGUGGGCUACACGGAACUUGAGCCUUACCUCAGAAAGCACGACAUCGACAACAAGUAUGUGAAGGAGUUGCAGACGUUUCUCCAAUCUCAGAACUUGGUCCACUGCAUUGUCACAAACAUACAUGAUGAGUCUUGGGUCAUCACCAACUACUUCUGGGAGGAAGUUUAUGGUAUGGACGUCAAGGAUACCUUACAGUCAACCAUUCUCGACUUCCUUGAAGCUGAUGACCCUGGUGUGAUUGCUGAUGCAGCAUCGGAUCCCAUUUUUCGGAAAGCCUUGAUGCAGCACUUUUCGGGUGGAGACAGCAAGGAGCAGCGAAAUUGGCACACACUCUCGAAACUCAAAGCGCCAUGGAACCUCUUAAAUCUUUGUUGCCAGAACAAUUACAGUGAGUGCGCCGACCUAUUGCUGUCUGAGCAUACACCAGAGACAGCCAAGCAGCCUUGGCUUACGUUCGCAGAACCACUUCUAUCAAUCGACAAGUACGCCAGUACCGCUUUCCACACAGCGGCUUGGAAUGGAAGUGCAGAAUCCUUGGAGCACUUGGUGGCCUUUGCAAGUAAGUAUUCAAUUCCUGUGGACAAGUUGCUUGACGUCAAGAAGAAAACUUGUCUCCAGAUUGCACGUGAGCGGGGGAACCAUCGGUGUGUCGAAAUCCUAGCGCCUUUGUUUGGGUUCAAAGUGGAGCAAGGUUUGCGCGAUGGAGCGAGGAACGAGCAAGAAGCGAUUCUUUUUCUGGACUUUGAGAAGCUGCAUGAAAUGCGGGACAUAGAUCUUCAAAGCAUUCCAUUAGCUCCUCCCCAAGAGCUUCUGAGAUGGAUUCAGUUUGAUGGUAUGUCGUGGCUGAUUUCAGAGGAUGUAGCUUCACGCACCUAUGCAGAGGAUGACGUUUGGAUCACCGUUGCAAAAGGGGACGAAGUUGUAAAAGUUGAGUCCAUGAUGCGUGAUUGUGUGUGGGAUGUAACAAUGGAAACCCAGAGUUUGCCGACGCGAGUGCGGACAUGCGGUUUCAGCUACCUCCGAAUUUUUGUCGCUGCUCGCCGCAGAGUUCCAGUUCCAAAGGAAGGUAGCGCUGGCAUAUUGCUUGACAGUCUCAGGAAGGUAUUGGCAAGAGUACCUCCUGGCCGACAAGUGUCUCAGGUGACAUUGCUGGGAUUUACGCUGGUGCCAUCUGAGAAAGAACAUACAGUUUUUGAUGACAUUUUCGACACUUUGCUCCAAUGCAGCACGAUCAGCUUUCGAAAGUGUUCAUGUCAGGCCUCAACUUUGUUGCACCUGUUGCAAGCUAUCCGUCGCGCGCUGUGCCACAAAGCCUACUCUUGGAUUGGCCUUUGGGUCAUGCCUUCCUGUCCAGCGCGCUCCGAAUCUCCUGAAUUGGCCGCAGCAUUCCGUGUGGAGAUGCCCAGGUUCCUCUACGCCUUGCGCAAGAGCAAACUGUGUCACAUCUCAAGAUCGGGAUGUAAGACUUGCAGAAUCCCCGCUGGCCCGCUAGAGGAAGCGGAUCGAUUUUGGCUCGGUGUAGUUGACAGCAGCUUGGACGUGAAUCGUUUUGUCAGCAUGCUGAAAUCACGGCGAACGAAACCCAAAGAUGAUGAUCGUCCAGGUCAAAUUCCAGCAUUCUUCUUGCAUGGUGUGCUCUACAUUUGGAGGUACUUGUACAAGCCAGCAAAUGUCUUGCAAGUAGAAGGGACUAACAUGGAAGAAGCUCUAUCACCUUCAGCGGAAGUCUAUGUGCAGGAAUGGCUGAAGAACGUCGCGAUUCCGUUGAGACCUUCUUCGGGCAAUGGUCUAGACGAGCUGCGCGAUCGCUUAGGGCUCGUAGAGUCUGAAAUGGAUGAAUUGCUGAAGCACUUGGACUAUGCAAUUUGGGCCUUGCUUCGUAUGCAUCGCCUUCUUCCCUUUGCUCCCCAGGCCCUGUUCGACCUUUCGAUUUCUGCCAACUUGAUCAGCUUCAAUGCUGUGAUCAGCUCCUGUGAACGUGAAGGGCGGUGGAGAGAGGCACUGCACUUGCUGAACGAGGUGAAGGGUGCUCAGCCACUUCCGGACUGCGUGACCUACAGCGCCGGGAUCAGCGCAUGUGCCAAUGCUUCCAGAUGGGCAGAGGCUAUUGCACUGCUCUGCGAGGUUCAAUGUGUGCGGCUACAACCUGAUGCAGUGAUGGAUGGGGCGGUCUUGAAAGCAUGUGAGAGGGCUGGUCAAUGGGAGCAAAGCCUUUGGUUGAGCCAUGGCGCGAAUGCUAUCGGCCUGUCUUCUGCCAUCAAUGCUUGUGAAGGGGCGAAGGUGUUCAAUGCGUUGCCACCACUUCUGAUGGUUUUAGAGGACCUUUACCGACCGCGAAAGGCUUGGAAGGCAUUUGAGAAGUGAUUGCAAGCCUUACUGAGUCUAAGUGAAAUGGUGAAUGGUGCACCAAUCGCAGUCGCGCGCAGUCGCGCCAGGGACCAAAU